UAUAUUUAACAUUUAUUUUAUUUCUACUUUGCUGCGGGCAAUUUGUUUUCUGUGUUGUGGAUUUUGCUCUCGUGGUCGGACGUGUUUGCGUUUUUCGUUCUCGUUCGUUGCCAAAAAAAUAUAAAAAAUUAAAUUUUCAUUUUUAAACACCGUUUUAGAGCUGCUGCGCUGCGGUUGGCUAAAAAAGUUUUGAAACCCCCAUUCAAAAUACAAAAAAUUUUGUGUUGCUUUGUCUUCUUCAGUUGCGAAGUCACAUACUCAUUGGAACUAAACGAAGCAGAAAAGCUCUUACACAACAAAAUAAAUCAUGGAUCCCGAGGCAUUUUUAGAUAUGGCCAACCAGGUCAUCAAACUGAAGAUGUUCCCCUACUUCGAUAUAGCCCACAGUUUAUUGGCCGCCCUUGCAGUACGCGAAGAUUUAGGUGCAAAUGCUCAAGCAUUUUCCCGCAAACAUCCCUUGGCCUGUUGGUUGUCCACAAUGUUGGUUAUUUUCUCUGGCGCCAUGGUAGCUAAUGGUUUGUUGGGGGAACCCAUAUUGUCGCCCUUGAAGAAUACACCCCAACUUUUGGUGGGCACAGCUGUUUGGUACUUAGUCUUCUACACUCCAUUCGAUAUUGGCUAUAAAAUUGGCAAAUUUCUACCUGUUAAAGUUGUAGCCAGUGCUAUGAAGGAAAUCUACAGAGCCAAGAAAGUCUACGAUGGUGUUACACAUGCUGCCAAAUUGUAUCCCAACGCCUGGAUUAUAAUGAUUAUCAUUGGUACACUAAAGGGCAAUGGUGCUGGCUUCACAAAAUUGUUGGAACGUUUGAUUCGCGGUGCCUGGACACCAACAGCCAUGGAAUUUAUGCAACCAUCAUUCUACACCAAAGCAUCUUUGUUGGCCUCCAUCAUCUUUGUGCUGGACAAGAAAACGGAUUGGAUUUCAGCUCCCCAUGCUCUCGUCUAUUUCGGCAUUGUCAUAUUUUUGGUCUACUUUAAAUUGUCGUCCAUACUGUUGGGCAUUCAUGAUCCCUUCUUGCCCUUCGAAAAUCUCAGCUGUGCCAUCUUUUUCGGAGGAAUCUGGGAUAGUUUGGCAAAGAUUUUGGGUCGUGGCCAAGCCAAAGAUGGCGAAGGCAAAGAUGCCAAAAAGGGCAAUUAAAAGACUUUUCCCCAUUAUACUUAGAUGUAUGGCUUAAGUGCCUAUAAAGCUAAUGGAAUGAAUGAAUGGUUACAAAAAAAAAAAAAAACGAAAAACGACGCAACGAUGCCUAAUCGGAAAAUGGAAAAUCAAAAAUAAUUUUUGGAAAACUAACGAAAACGAAAUGCAACACAAAGAGACCUAAGCAAUACAUAAAUACAUUAGUUUUUUUUUAUUUUUAAAUUUUUAUAAAUCAUUUCUAGUCAUCAGGUUAAUUUCAGUUACCAAAAAAUAAGUCGCUCUUAUUAUUUUUCCAGCACGCCAUGUGGGUGUUCGUGCCGUUAAAUAAUGACCGUGGCUUGUAAGACUUUGUUGUUAUUUAAGAUUUUU